AAAAACCACCACACACUUCCUCUCUCUCUCUCUCUCUCCCCUACUUUCUCUUUCUCUCUCUAUCUGUAUCUCCUUCUCUCUCUUCAAAACUCUCUUUAACGCAUAUUCACAGAUGGGAGGUGAAUCGGGGGUGUUUAAUAUGGUACAAACCCGCUUUAUGGAGAGAAAGAGAACCUGAUGCCCUUUUUGAUGUGUGAGUGGGUGGUCCUGUUUUUCUCACUUCUCUCUCUCUUCCUCUUUCUCUCUCUAGAGGUGCUUAGUAGUCUUCAAAGACUUCAUCUUUUCUCUCUCAUUUCUCAGUCCGAACCAACCCUGAAAAAAAAAGGCUUCAAAACCAAAUAAUCCCAUCAGCGCCGCGAUUUCUUUGAUCUUGGAUUGAUGUUAUGGAUGAAGAUUCCAGUGGGGUUGUUUGAUUUUUCAUCUCUGCUGCUUUCUGCUAGUGUUUCUGGUGCCGCUUGAAGUGAACAGUAAUAGUUCUAGAGCGAGAAAGAGACUUAGAGAGAGAAAGGGUCAUUAUAUAUGCUGAAAUCUAAGUUCAAGAUAAGCUGUGGAGGUAGAGAAGAUAUUACUAGAGCUUGUGACUGUUGGGGAAACAGCACAAGUAGAAGAGAGAAGAAGAAGCAGCUUUCCAUCAGAUGUUAUCUUUUGAAAAACUUCCACCAGAUCCCCCAUGUCAUCAUCCCCAGCCUUUGAUCAUCAAAGAUGCUAGUACUAGUCAUGAGCAGCCACUAGAUCUAUCUCCACCCCUUCCUAAAUUCUCCAUCAGAGAUUAUGUUUUUACAUCCCGGAGCAAAGAUAUCGAGACCAACUGGCCUUUUUCUCAGAAGAAUUUGCAACUUUGCUUGAAACAUGGCGUGAAGGAUCUGUUGCCGCCAUUUCAGAAUCUUGAUGCAGUAAGAAACCAACCUGUUAAGAGAUGUACGGUUGAAAGUGAAAAGAAAAGCAAUCUUGAUGUUUCAGAAUCUUCCGGGCAAGAUGAUCAUGCAGUAUUAAAGUCUUCGUCAAACGAUACCAAGCUGAAGGAAAAGCCAACAGAAGCUUGUACAGAGACUACAACAACCACUUCAUGCAGGAGUCAGUUCCUACGAACAGGCCGUCAAGGUUGCCGCUUAGAAAUUGAUACUUCCUUGGAAGCUGCAUCAGUUGAAGUACUUGAAGCUGCAGGUCCUCCCGUUGUUGUUGUUAGCAAGACUGGAAGCACGACGCGACCCUCGGCUAAGAAGUGCAGAUUGGUGGUCAAAUACGGUAGCCAUUCAGAGAGAAGCUCAACCGAAGAUAUUGCAUCGAAUGCUACUACCAUUUCAGAAACAAUGACUUCAAAAACUUGCCCUGUUUGCAAAACCUUCUCAUCGUCUUCUAAUACCACCUUGAAUGCUCAUAUUGAUCAGUGUCUUUCUGGGGAGGCAACUCCCAAGUGGACCGGGGGUUGUAAACCGGUUACAAGGUACAGAAUUAAGCCGAGGAAGACUAAAUUGAUGGUGGAUAUAUAUACUACUGCCCAGCAUUGCACAUUAGAAGAUCUCGAUAGAAGAAAUGGUUCGAGCUGGGCCACGAACGUUUCAAGCUUUCCUACUCGGGAUAAGAAGUCUGAGGUGCCGGUUGAAGAGAAAAGGCAAAGAGUAUCCUCAGUCCAUCCUGAUGAUAUUGAUGUCGGUCCAGUCUAUGUAGACGCCAAUGGCACGAAAGUUAGGAUUUUAUCGAAGUUUGAUGAUGCACCAUCUCCAUCAGUGCCUAAAGCGGUAGAGCAUCUUCGACCAAGAAAACCUUUGAAACCAGGCAAAGGAAGCAAAUUCCUUUCAGCGAAAAAGCAAAAGCGCCAUGCAUCUAAACAUCACAAGUACCUUAAACUUGCUCCUCAAAGCAAACAUUUUAUCUCUCCUAAGGCUCAUUCUUCUCAGAUUUAUGGGGGUCAAGAAACAUGUGGAGCGAAAGAAAAUUCCGAGGAAGGACAGCAAAUGGAAGAGCAGCUCAAUUCUUGUAAUGCUGGAGCUUUAAGAGGAUGGGCUUGCUCCAAACGCACUGGUGGUGUAAAGAAGUUGAACAAGAAGCAUGUGUCUCAGGACUUUUUGGUUGAGAGUGAUCAAACAUUUUUCGGUAACUGUCGUGUGGAGGGAAACUGUGGUAGAAAGGUAAUGAAUUUGUCUGGAAAUCCAAUUUCUUCUUCUGAAAAAAGUGGGAGCACAGAGAAUGCAUGUGAUGAAGCUCAAGCUAGUGAGAAAAGUGACUGCUCUCCUUGGAGAAAGAGAGCAGGAAGCCCCUUUCCUGGUGAGCAAAGCCAGCAUCAGUUUAGCAAAGACACAACUUUUUCGCCUAAUAGUUGCACGCUAAACCGUACAUACUCUGAUGUGAACUUUGCACCUGUGUUGAGCAACAAUACAAUUGGUUCUGCUACGGAUCUCACCGAAAAUUUUGAUUGUGCCCCUCGCACUAGCAAAAAAUUAUCUAAGAGUCGCGAUGCCCCCAGAUCAAAUGCCAGGAAAUCCCUCCCGCCAAAGAAAAAUGUGUUGGCUAUUGGCAGGCGGGUAUCAUUGACUGAAUCCAGUCCCAGUGUUGCUAUGAAUUGCUCAGCUGUUAAGAAUCAAGGGCAAAGGGAAGAAAUAGAUAAAGAGGUUGCUGCCUGGGAUCCUGAGGCUGAUCAACAGUAUGAUUUCAUGCAUAAUUUCGCUGGAAAGCGGUUUCGAAAAGAUUGUAGCGAUGAAGUAUCAGUAUCCAGAAGCACUGUGUUGCAGAGGAGAAAAUGUAGAGGUUCCUUAAGUAGCUCUAGAAGGAAUGAACCCAUGGCCUUGGAAGGUUCUCAAUUUGCACCCGAGUUUUAUGGAUAUGAUGAAAGGGAAAAGAUGGAUACUUCUGUUACCAUUCGUGAUGAAUAUCUGGAAAAAGUUGAUGGCCUGGGAGGUUCUGAGAGGGAAGAUCAAAUCCAUGAUGGUGACAUGGUUACUGAAAAGCCUGCCCUAAUAGGUUUCUGUGAAACCGAAGCAGUAACAAGUCCAACUGAUCCAAGCAUUAGUAAUGAGCAAGAGAUGUUUUGUGGUGAUGGACUGGAAGAUGGCACACUUGGGCAGAAUGUUCAUAGCAUGGAGGAAAUGGACUCUGAUGAUGGCCAAGGAAGCUAUUUUCCUGAGGUUGAUCCAAUACUUAUCCCAGGGCCACCAGGAUCGUUUUUGCCAAGCCCUAGGGAUAUGGGGUCGGAUGAUUUUCAAGGGAAUUCGUCACUAACCACGAGUCGAGUUCAAUCAUCUCAAGAUCAGCUUGAUUUUAUUGAUGGGGAUUCAUCAGAUUCACCUGUUUCUACAACAUCAACCAUCUCUAAUUCCAGAGGGACAAAAUUGGACCCAAAGCAUUCUGAACCGUCAUCUUCCAUAGGACAAUCUGCUCAGGACAAGAUCAGACCGGUCCUAUCGCGUGCAGUUAGUGGUACUUCUGAAGAAAUUAAUGCCACUGCAGCCGAACAUAGCACAACAGCUGAAAGACUUUCUUUUGAUAGAGAAAACUUUAAGGUCAACAAGAUAUCUCUCGAGAGGGGACCUAUCAGCUUCAAAAGUAACGAUCAGCCUUGCUGUUGUCAACGGAAGGAGAGAACUUCACAGGGUGUGGCUUUAAAUUAUCAAGAAUCACCACUAUUAAUGCGGCGAGCAAUGGCACUGCCUGCCAUGGGAAAGCAAAUGGGUGGCAAUCUAAACACAAGAACUAACAAUUUGGAGUCGGGGUCUGACAUGACAGACUCAUUCUUUCUGAGUGGUGGUACAACAUCGAGAUCUGAACAGGCAGUUUUCCCUGUCGCCAAGUCAUCUUCUGGUCACCAUCCUUCGAAGGGUUCUCCAGAUGGCAAAGGGAAGUUGUCAGGUCACAGUGAGUAUGAUUCUUUUAGUCCAUCUGCUUCUAAUUCAAUACUCAGGCUAAUGGGAAAGAAUUUGAUGGUGGUCAACAAAGAGGAAGAUACAUCAGUUCCACCGGUGCAGGCUCAACCACAUGCGCAAACUAACCAUCUAACUUCACAGUUUCCAACAUUCUCAGGAGUUGUUCCUGGAAAUCUUCAGAAUCAGUUCUAUCAUUCCUUUCAACAUAACAAAGUGGAGGAAUGUUUUGACGCAAGUGCAGCGCACUUCAACAGUUUUAGAAGCUAUAGCAAUCCAAGGACACCGCAAGUGGUUGCACGAGGACCUGCAAGCUUGUUUCCAAAGCAUCAUACAGAUGGCAAUUUUGUGGCAUCCAUGGAACCCCACGAGUAUAAAGGCAAUCAUAAUUUUCCAAUGCCACAGAACAGGUAUAUAAGCAAACCCAUUGGAGGAGCACCCACGUUUCAUGUGGAGAGAAUUAUGAACCCUCCUGACCGCCAACGCAAGAAUGGACAUUCUGCUUUCAGUGCCAGUAAAGAAAUUAUCAUCAUUGAUGAUGUUCCGGAAAGUGAAGCUGAUUUGACCUGCAGUGUUGCAAAGUACUCGGAAGGGUUGAGGGAAAGCCAAGUAGUUUGUUCCGGCAGUCCAGUUCCAGCGGCUCCCAGUUAUAACUCAAAGCGUGUGAAUAAUCCUUUCUCUCGUUAUGAAUCACAGGAACUUUGUGGAUCACCAGUUUUGUACAACACCACCUUGCAUGCAGUUCCCUCCAGGCUAGCCAAUAAUAGUAGUCCUGUUAAGUGGAGUUGUACUACUUCAGAAGGCUCAGGUGUGCUGCAGCGGGCUUCUUUUCUUGCAGCACCAUCGCCAAGAGGACAUCUGAGAUCUACACUGUACGAUUCACCGAGCUUGUCAUAG